CAGUAGAAAACACUGCGCAGUCGCGUGCAGCAGGACGGCGGAGGACAGGCUCUCGCGCGCUAAUUCGCCAGGGACGUUUCUCGGAGCCUCGUCGUUCGUGUUGAUUUCCGCCGGCGGCGGCCGAGGCGAUCAUGGAGGCGGUGUCCGGCGCGGUGGCGCCCAGGGUGGUGGGCGCGAGCCGCGGCGUGGAGCGCGCGCUGGAAGAGGCGGCGGGCUCGGGCUCGCUCAGCCUCAGCGCGAGGAAGCUGAAAGAAUUCCCCACCGCGGCCGCGCACUACGACCUCAGCGACACGGUGCACGCAGAUCUUUCAAAGAAUCGUCUGACGGAGGUUCCUCCUGAGGUCACGCGGCUUGUUUCAUUGGAAACGCUGAACCUUUAUCACAACUGUAUCAAAAGCAUUCCUGACACCGUCAUCAGCCUGCAGUCGCUCACCUCAUUAAACAUCAGUCGCAACCAGCUGUCAGUGUUGCCGGUGUGUGUGUGUGGUCUUCCCCUGCGAGUCCUCAAUGCCAGCAACAACAAACUCAACGCUCUGCCAGAAAGCAUCGGCCAGCUCACCAGUCUCAUGGAACUGGAUGUGAGCUGUAAUGAGGUCACGGCUCUCCCGCGCCAGAUCGGACGCCUCAAAGCUCUACGAGAACUAAAUGUGCGCCGGAACCUUCUGUGUGUCCUGCCUGAAGACUUGGCAGAUCUACCUCUGGUAAAGUUUGAUUUUUCCUGUAAUAAAGUUUCCACUAUUCCCAUCUGCUACCGCAAAAUGACUCAGCUACAAUCACUACAUCUAGAGAACAACCCACUACAGAGCCCCCCAGCACAGAUUUGUAUAAAGGGGAAGGUGCACAUAUUUAAGUACCUCACAAUGGAGGCGUGUCGCAGCGACAAGAUGGCCGACGCCCUCUACCUGCCUGUUAUGGACCACCUCAGUCUAUCACGUCCCACCACUGGCAGUACGGAGGACAUUGAUCAACAUCGGAAACUUGACAGCGACUCUGGGGUGGGCAGCGAUAAUGGGGACAAGCGGCUUUCUGCCACAGAGCCAUCUGACGAGGACAGUCUGAGUCUUAAUGUCCCUAUGUCCAACAUCACAGAAGAGGAAGGAAUAUGUAAAGAUGACUCCAUCGAGCAUAUCAGUUCCCUAACAGACCAAAGCCCGUCAGACUCAGGACAGUUCGGCUACAGAGAUUCUUCCUUUACUACUCGAUUCGUCAACUACAUCAAGGGCCGAGGUGUUGACUUCGACGAGCCCCUCAGAAUUGAGGAAGACAGUAACUGGGCAGCUGAGCAGUCGUCAAAGGUUAACCUGAUCAGCCCUCUAAAAGAGGCUGUGGAGCUCCUGCAGAAUCCUAACAGAGUGAACAUGAGCUCGUCUGAUUUGUCUGGAAUUAAACUCUACCCGGUGGAAAUGGUCACAGUGGACGAAUCUCUUAAUGGUCAGGAGAGCGAAGAUGGACAGACCACGCCUAAGGAUGGUCCGGAUGAAGGCUGGGAGUUCCAGAGGAAGAGGCAGUAUAUUCUGAAACGGGCUCGGCUGGAGGCCCAGCUUGCGUGCCAGCAGUACACCUUCUAUGUGGCUCAAAAGGGAGAGAUGAUUUGUCAGGAGAAGACAGAUGAUGCUCGAGCAGAGCAAGAGAAUAGUGAAGCCCAGAGCCCAGUGUUUUCACCGCCGUUUGGCUUGAAACCCCGAUCAGCUCCUCCCUCUGUCCCUUGCUCACCUUUAUCCAUCAAUAGAGACACGCCCACUAGGCCACAUGAUGGAGGUGUUCCUCUCAGGGUUUUCCUGAGAACUCCUAAGAGCCUCGAAUCAGUGGAUCCUCAGUUCACCAUGAGGAGAAGGAUGGAACAGCUUAGAGAGGAACUGGAACUCAUGGAGCAGCUACGAGAGAGCAUUGAGAGCAGGCUAAAGGUUGUGCUUCCUGAAGAUCUCGGCUCCUCACUCAUGGACGGUGUGGUGCUCUGUCAUCUAGCCAAUCAUGUUAGACCACGUUCAGUGGCUAGCAUCCACGUUCCUUCUCCAGCAGUACCCAAGCUCAGUAUGGCUAAAUGCCGCCGGAACGUCGAGAACUUCUUGGACGCUUGCAGGAAGAUCGGUGUUCCUGAGUCAUCUCUCUGUUCGGCAUACGACAUACUUCAGUGUUCGCUGAGGCCGGUCCGGGCCACGGUCCGAGCCCUGGUGUCACUGGAGGACAAGGCAUUGAAGAACAAAGAUGAAGGGAUGGAUGGAGAAACGGAGGAAAGAGAAAAAGUGGAAAGCGAAAGUCUCAGUCCCUGUCAGGAUCAGUCGUCUCCCUGGCAUGUCUGGGAUCUGAUUGGCUCGAGACUGGUGCACCUGUUCUGCCUGCUGCUUCUGUUCGGGGCCUACACCUGGAGCGAACUGACAUAACACACACUCUUACACUCGACGUUACACUUACACACACUAACACAAUCUGUGGAUAGCACAUGCCGUUACCCAAAAUUUACACCGUACAUGCGAUCCACACUGCACAUGUUCCAUUCGUGCUAUUUGCACAAAAGCACGCUACAUUUUUAUGACAAAAUUAAAUAAAUAAAUAAAUAAAUAAAUAAAUACACAAACGCCGUAAAGUAUUAAAAGAGAUCAGCUUUUUCAGUUAUCUGUGGGUGUAUUUCGCACAACUGCAAGUCGCACAAUCAUGAUAUUGUAGAUUUAAUGAAGUUUACAGUGAAUAAAAAGUGGAAGUGGAAGAUAAAUUUAUUUUAUAGUGUCAUUCAUGGUGUUACUGACAGUGCAGUCCAUGACUGACAGGAGCAGAAGCCAUGCCUACUUUGUGGUGACUGACAAACACAGAGGCCACGCUUCCUAUUUUGUGACUGAGAGCCACAAAGGCCACACCUCUUUUAUUGUUACUGGCAGACACAGAGGCCACACCUCCUUCAUUGUUACUGACAGGCAUAGAGGCCACACCUCUUUCUCUAGGGCUGACAGGCACAGAGGCCACACCUCUAUUAUUGUGACUGACAGCCACAGAGGCCACACCUCCUUCAUUGUUACUGGCAGACACAAAGGCCACACCUCCUUUUUAGGACUGACAGGCACAGGGGCCACACCUUCUUUAUUGUGACUGACAGGCACAGAGGCCACACAUCUUUCUCUAGGGCUGACAGGAACAGAGGCCAUACCUCCUUUAUUGUUACUGGUAGACACAGAGGCCACACCUCCUUUUUUAGGGAUGACAGGCACAGAAGCCACACCUCCUUAAUUGUUUCUGGCAGGCACAAAGGCCACACCUCCUUUUUAGGGCUGAUAGGCACAGGAGCCACACCUUCUUUAUUGUGACUGACAGGCACAGAGGCCACACAUCUUUCUCUAGGGCUGACAGGAACAGAGGCCAUAUCUCCUUUAUUGUUACUGGUAGACACAGAGGCCACACCUCCUUUUUUAGGGCUGACAGGCACAGAGGCCACACCUCUGUUAUUGUUACUGACAGGCACAGAGGCCACACCUCCUUAAUUGUUACUGAAAGAUGCAUAGGCCACACUGCCUUAAUUGUUACUGACAGGCACAGAGGCCACACGUCUAUUAUUGUGACUGACAGGCACAGAGGCCUCACCUCCUUUUUUAGGACUGACAGGCACAGAGGCCACGCCUUUAUUAUUGUAACUAACAUUCAGAGAUGCCACACCUCCUUCUUUAGGGCUGACAGGCACAGAACCCUCCUUUUUUAGGGCUGAGUGUCACAGAGGCCAAACCUCCUUCAUUGUUACUGACAGUGACUACAACUCCUUUUCUAGGGCUUACAGGCAGAGAUGCAUUGAGGAGGAAGAGACAUUGGAAAAGAGACAGGAUAAUGUUUCUAACCAAGUAAUAAAAACGAGUUUGAAAUUAAAACUGUUACAGUUUAUAGAUAUGCAAAAAAGUGGCAGUUUUGAGGUCAACUGGAUGGGGUGUUUUUCAAGGAUGUGUGUGAUUAUUUUAGCAGGGAUUAUUAGCACAAUGCUAAUAAAGCUAAUAUGCAUUUAGUACACUUAUUGGCUACUUAAGUGUAAAAGUAAAAAAGUAAACAUUUGGACAAUAAACCUUGGCUGAUUUGAGGUUAAUAAUUUAACAUGGAGUCAUUCUUCACCUGACUCAGCCUCAGCUGGUAAUAAACGAGGCCGUUUAACAACACACGUCUCUCAUGCACAUUUCAUGCUUCCCCUAUUUUCUAUGAUUCAGUCUCAGAACACUUUUCAGCUAAGUAUAUACACCAAGCUUUAUUAGCCACUCUUCUAAAAUGUUGGUCAGUCUUCUAAAAUUCACCAGUGAUGCGAUUUUACAUUGAAGUAACAUCAAGAUCACAUCACAAGCACUCUACUGCACACACGGUGAUAAAUCAGCUUGCUACAGUAUCUUAUUUUCCUGCCAAAUAUCUUGUUAGCUUCUGUCUCUGUUUACACUCUGACUUUUACACAUGGCACGUUUCUAUCGAGAUUUUCUGCAACAUACACACAAAAAGAGGAGGAGUGGAAACCACACUAAUACUGGUUUCAGGUCUUUAACAAUUUAUUUCAAUUACAAAUAUCACAUGUGCAAUAUCAUGUAUUGGUAUUUGUUAUUAUCGUAGUAUUUGUAUUGAAGGGCUAAUCUAACAUAUGAUGCUCAUACGGACGCGUGCUCUGUGGCUUCAGACUCUUUUGAUCACACCUUUACUGACUUCCACUCUACAAGAAACCUAAACAAUAGACAUCAACUGUGAUCAAUCCACAACGAGUGUAAACUGUAUAGCAGUAACAGUGGAGUUCAGGUGAUUUUGUGCACUUAUUGUCUUGUUCUCUUUUAACAGUAUAUAAUCAUACUGACCUGCAAACGUGUUUGUGUGCUAAUUAGCUAGCAUAAUAACCACAUAAGUUCCACCAACGGAGAGGAGAGUUGGAGGAAUAAAAUCCAAUUGCAAUAAAUAUUAUUAUUAUUAUUAUUAUUAUUAUUAUUAUUGUCUUUGGUAAGAUAUUUUUUUGUUAUACCUAGUUCAGUGGUUUUACUAUAUGCUUUUUAGAGUAUUAUAAGCUGCCAUCGAACUCAUCGAACACCCCUUAGCAUCGAGGGGAAGUGGUCAAGGGUGUGAUGAAAACAGGUCUGCAGGAUGACACCAGGAACAUUUGCACUUGAAUCUUGAAUGAAGGGAAACAUUGAUUUUUAACCUUUGGACUGAAAGUAUUUACAGUUUUUUUCCUUAACUGCUUUUCAGGUACAUUAUGGCUAAAGCCCUUUUACUUACAGUCAUUAAAAACAUUAUUUUUGGACAAACAGUAAUGAAGAAUGAGAGAAUCUUGUUUGAGAUCUAUUUUGAAAAAUCUUCAUGGCUGCAAAUGUGUUUUUUUUUUAAUUUGCUUUGGUUCUUCUUGUUUUCUCUCUGACACACUGAUGUAAUCAUCUAUAAUGUCGUUAUUAUGAGGCUGUGAACAGCUAAUAAAUGUACAGUUUGAGGUUC